AUGUUGCACGCGCAAUAUCACCACGGCGCAACGAAUACGUCCGUCUUGUCUUCGAAGAAGAAGAACAAUGAUGUUGUGACGAAAAAGAUUACUACCAAUCGACGACGUAUCGCCGCAUUCGCUUCUUCUCGUCGAGACGGAGAGAAGACGAAGACGAGCGAGGAGAGUCACAUGAAGGGAAUGGCCGCGGCAACGAGCGCGGUUAUCUUUGCGUCUUCAAUGUUUGCUUCCUCCUCCUCGAAUAUUCUCGCGUACGCGGACGAAGUAGCCGUCGAUGCUGCUCCGACGAGUGUUGAAGCACAAUACGACGCUGCGCAACAAGUCGGUGGAGGCGAAAAGGCGCCGGAGUUGAAGGGCGAGAGUAGUGCUGCUGUCGCGGAACCGAGCAGCGCACCGGCGGUAGAUGCACCAACUCCUGCGUCCGAAGCAGCUCCGGUCGAAACGAAACCGACCGAGGCUGACUUGGAGAAACAGCGAAAGAAAGAGGAGCAAGCACAACGCGCGCGCGCCGAGCAAGCGAAGAAACAGGAGCAGUUAGCGAGCGAAAAAGCGGAAAGAGAAGCCGUCGCUCUCGCCGAGAAGAAGAAGCGAGCGGAGAGAGAAGUCAUUGCUGCGCGAAAAGAACAGGCGUUCCGCGUGCAACGAUUGAAAGCGUCGCCGAUUCCGAAAAAUAGGCUCAAGGCGGAAAUCGAGGCCAAAGAAUUGGAGCCGAAGACGUUCAAAGAAAAGCGAGCGGCAAAACUCGCGGCGAAGAAAUCAACGGCGAGUGCGAAAAGUAAAGGAAGCGCCAAGAGUCAAAGGACGGUGGCCACGAAAAAGCGAUCAGUUGGUGCUCCGAAAAAGAAAUCUUCACCUGCUUCACCUGCUACCGCGGCGGCGAAGAAGAAAUCAACCGCGACUACUCCCGCCGCGAAACGCCAAGCGACUGCAACCACUUCCGCAAAGAAGACAAAGACGAAGAAAGUUUCGACAUCUUCUGCCAAGACUGUGGUGAAAAAAUCAUCGAAGCCUGCCGCGUUGACGUACAAACCGACAUUUAAGAAAGCGCCGGCCGUGAAAGCGGCAGCGCCAACCGCCGCGCCGAAGAUAAAGUCGACGACGUUCAAAGAGAAGAAGCAAGGAGCGUCGGCGGCGGCGCCGGCACCAUCUAAGAAAGCAGCUGCAUCUGCAACAUCACCGGCGAAGCAGGCGGCAAAAGUAGCAUCUGCUCCGAAGAAAACGGCUAAUGUAGUCAAGGCCGCACCGGCGGCAAAGAAGACGGUAGCUGCGCCUGCGAAAAAGGCCACAAGUGCACCGGCAAAGAAAGCUGCUGCGCCGGCAAACACGGCGGCGAAGCCAACCACUUUUAAACAAAAGAAGGAGGCUGCGAGUAAGAAAGAGACGAAGCGACCCGCCGCGGCGAACAAAAAGUCACCCGCAACGACCAAGGCAAAAAAGAACAAUAGUGGUUUUUUCGGAGGUUUGCCGAUAGCAACACUUCUCGGCGGUCUGGCAUACACCUUCUUCACCGAAGAAUAA